AAGCCAGAUGAAGUUUGAAGGCAGUGGUUACAGCUGUGUUGUAGCGAGUAGUUGCUGUUUACUUCAUGAGAAAGAAUAGCACGUUUUUCAUCCGUGCGCUGUCCGUGGCAACUUAGGCUGUUAUCCAUAACUAAUGCUUAACUUUGGUAUUUCGGGACUGGUUUCGGGAUUAUAGGCGGCAAUUAUGAAUGAAGAAGUUAAUCAGCGUUUCCCUUUAUUUUUGCUCUUUUGGGGCGAAGUUUCGAGGAAAUCACAGUUUUCCUGAGAUACGAAGAUAAUGACCCAUUGUACCAGCGGAUAUGAAUAAUCAAAGCUCCAUUUAAAUAUAUUAACGAAUUGUAAAUGUUUUAACUUCAUGUGCAUGUCGUUUUUAAUUAGUUGCAAAAACAACAGUUGUGCAACAGAUGUUCACAGUCUCUGAUAUGGGGUGUCGAAUCUAACAAGGCAGAGGCGCUGUUUUACGAAAACUGAACAGGGGGUGACGGGGACUUAAGUUCUCCACUUCUUGUAGAGGGGCUUUAGGUUAUGGGUCAGCAUGAACAUUAUCCUGGACUGGUGCGCCCCCGAGAAAAGGGCAUGUAACGUUAAACAACCUGGGCAAUGCCCUCCUAUCCGAAAUUUGGAAAGGGCUGGACUUGAAAUUAACAAUAGUUUAAGUUCUUAAGCAAGAUCGCGUAUAUAUUUUAGAGACGUUUCCUACAUGUUCAUCUUGAUUAAAGAAAAACUCCCGGCAAUGGCUUCCGAAGUUGUAUGUGGACUGAUCUUCAGAUUAGUUCUCCCAGUAUGUCUAGCCGCAGCGUGCUUGUUCCGGUACAAUGGGCUGUCCUUCAUCUACCUCAUUUACCUCCUUCUCAUUCCACUUUUCGCAGAACCAACCAGGACUACAAUGCAGGGCCACACGGGGCGCCUACUGAAAUCCCUGUGUUUUACCAGUAUGACCUUUCUGCUGCUGCACAUCAUCUAUCAGAUCACCAUCAUCAGCCUACUGGCGGGGAACAGCAUUGAGCCCGACUUCAACUGUACAGCAUGGGAGAAAUCAAUACGACAACUUGGCUUCGAAAGCGUGAUAGGAGCGGACCCGGGCAACGGCAUCAGGGUGUUCAUUCCAGACAUCGGCAUGUUUGUGGCCGGGCUGGUCACAUGGCUUCUGUGUCGCAGCCCGGCGGAGAAGCCGCUCACUGAGGAGACUGCACAGUUCAACUGCGACUUUGAAACCGGCGACCAGGAAGAGAAUGAGGAGGUGGGGGAGCUGGAGGUGGAUGAUGACAUGCUGUUUGAGGAGGACUCUGAGGCAGAAGACAACUGCAGUGCCCCAGAGGGGGAGUUUGAGGAGGAGGAGCAGGAGGAAAGCACUAAGAUGAAGGUUCUCCGCCAGAUUGCCGGCGUGGCAUCCAAAGUCAAGGAAAUCAUUGGUGAUCUCAUUACCACAGCCGGAAAAGUGGUUGUAACCAUAUUGCUAGGCUUGACAGGGAUCAUGCUGCCCUCCCUGACGUCCGCGGUGUACUUCUUCGUCUUUCUGGGCCUCGGCACCUGGUGGUCUUUCUGCCGGACGUUCGACCCCCUCAUCUUCAGCUGCCUGUGCGUGCUGAUGGCCAUCUUCAGCGCGGGACACCUGAUUGUGCUCUAUCUCUACCAGUUCCAGUUCUUCCAGGAGUUCAUCCCACCACGUAACAACUACGCCAGUUUAUUUGGCAUGCCAUCCGUUAUUCAAAGUGACUGCUCACACACCUGGAAGUUUAUAGUCAACCCUCAACUGGAGUGGCACCACUUUGUCAAUCCCAUCAUGCUGUUGGUUCUGUACUACACCCUCGCCACCCUCAUUCGACUGUGGCUCCAGGAACCUGUCGGCACUGUGUCUGAGCAAGGAGAUGGGGACAUGAGAGAGCAGUCUGUAUGCAGCGAUACAGAAAACAUGUCAGAGAAGAAGUGUGACAUGUGGAGAACAGCGAACCACAGCACAGACGAAAGAAACCUUCUGUCAACUCAAGAUGGCUAUGGGACAUCUGAAGUGUUGGUGGUGACCUCCAACGGGACCCCUUUGGACUUCACCCCAUCCACCCCCAACAGUGAAAAUGGGCCUUUAGGGCUGGAUCUGUACUCCACACCGCAGUACAAAAUGGACCAUGGAGACGGGGAGUCAGGGAAGAAGGACGACAGUGUCUAUGAGGUCACCGAGGAUCGCCAGGAGAUUUCGGAGGCGGCGGAGAGCGCCAGAGCGAGCACUUUAGUCACGGUGUUCAGAUUCGUCAUGAAGCAAAGCUACAUCUGUGCUUUGAUCGCCAUGAUGGCCUGGAGCAUCACGUACGUCAGCUGGCUGACCUUCGUCUUUCUGAUAUGGUCCUGCUUGCUGUGGAUGGUGCGGGACCGGCGGAAGUACGCCAUGCUCACGUCCCCUUUCAUGGUGCUGUAUGGGAACCUGCUGCUGAUCCUGCAGUACAUCUGGAGCUUCGAGCUCGUACAGCCUGUCCCAGGGCUUUUCCUAAGAAAAGAAGUGCCCUUUCGGGAGCUGGGGUCAAAGAUACUGUGUCUCCUGAGCUUCUGGCUGCUGCUGAGACAGGCGCUGACCGAGAGGAGGGAGAAGCUGAGGGAAGAGGCCGUGCUCUCCGACGUCAGGGUGGACGCUCACAGGAAGGAGGAGGAGGAAGAUGAUGAAGAUGGUGGUGAAAAGGAUAUGGUUCAGGUCCUGGGGAAUAUGGUGAUGGCCAUGUUCGUCAAGUACUGGAUCUACAUCUGCGGGGGCAUGUUCUUCUUCGUCAGCUUCGAGGGUAGAAUCGUGAUGUACAAGAUCAUAUACAUGAUGCUAUUCCUCUUCUGUGUGGCAUUGUAUCAGGUGCACUAUGAGUGGUGGAGAAGGAUCCUGAAAUACUUCUGGAUGUCAGUAGUGGUUUACACAAUGUUGGUCCUCAUACUUGUCUACACCUUCCAGUUUGAGUCUUCUGUACAAGUGUGGUCAAAUAUGACUGGAAUGGAUAAAGAAGAGCUGGAGGACCUGGGCUUGGAGCAGUUCUCAGUGCCAGCUCUCUUCACCAGGAUAUUUAUCCCCACCUCCUUCCUGCUGGUCUGCAUCCUCCACCUGCACUACUUCCAUGAGCGUUUCCUGCAGCUCACUGACCUCAAGGCUGUUGUGGCCAAGCACGAGAGUACCAUUUAUAGGCUGGUGAACCAAGAUGGCAGCCUGGCUGACAUCACCAUGAUCAAUGCGACACUGGGCUCGGUUAAGAAAGAGAAGGAGGAGGAGGAAGGGGACAAAGUGCUACUGGAUGAUGGUGUGGAGAAGAAGAAUGAGAAGGAGGCACCAGAACAGGGCAGCAAGACCAGCGGGGGCCCAACGGAGCUGCCCACCACCCAGAGCUCAGAUCUGAAGAACAAAUGGCAUCUUGUGGUGGAUCGUCUGACAGUGCUGUUCCUGAAGUUCCUGGAGUACUUCCACAAGCUGCAGAUCUUCGUCUGGUGGCUGCUGGAGCUGCACAUUAUCAAAAUCGUGUCUUCCUACAUCAUCUGGGUGUCUGUCAAAGAGGUGUCCCUGUUCAAUUAUGUUUUCUUGGUGAGUUGGGCCUUUGCUCUCCCAUUCAGCCAGUUCCGCCCCUUAGCCUCCAGCGUGUGCACGGUCUGGACCUGCAUCAUCAUUGUCUGCAAAAUGUUGUACCAGCUGGCUUCCAUACAGCCUGUGUCCUACUCCAAAAACUGCUCAAUGCCACUAACUUACUCGCCUGGGCAGAGGAGUGAGAUGGAGAAGUCACUCCUGUACAGCAGCCCGGUGGACCCAGCCAACUGGGUGGGCCUGAAAAAGUUCUCCCCCCUUUUAGAGAACCUGAGGAACAACCUGUUGAUGUUGGCCAUCCUGGCCUUUGAAGUGACCAUUUACCGCCACCAAGAGUUCUACCGGCUGAGAAACAACCUCACCGCCCCAGCCACUAAGACCAUCUUUCACGAUAUCACGAGGCAGCACCUCGACGAUGGCAUUUUGAAUUGCGCCAAGUACUUCAUAAAUUACUUCUUUUACAAGUUUGGCCUCGAGACGUGCUUCCUGUUGGCGGUCAACGUGAUAGGUCAGCGAAUGGACUUCUACGCGAUGCUCCACGCGCUCUGCUUGAUCGCUGUCAUGUAUCGGCGGAGGAGAAAGGCCAUCGCGGAGAUCUGGCCCAAGUACUGCUGCUUCCUGGCCUGCAUGCUGACCUUCCAGUACUUUGUGUGCAUUGGCAUCCCACCGGCUGCCUGCAAAGAUUACCCAUGGAGGUUUCCAUCUUCCGCCAUGGGCUCCAAUGUUAUAAAGUGGCUCUACUUUCCUGAUUUCCACACCAGGCCCGACCCCCUUUUCCUCCUGUAUGACUUCAUGCUGCUGCUGUGCGCCUCCUUGCAGAGGCAGAUCUUCGAGGACGAGAACAAGGCGGCGGUGCGCAUCUUGGCCGGGGACAACGUGGAGAUCUGCAGGGACCUGGACGCUGCCUCCUUCAGUCGGCAUAACCCCGUCCCUGACUUCAUACACUGCAGAUCUUACUUGGACAUGCUGAAGGUGAUCGUGUUCAGCUACCUCUUCUGGUUCGUCCUCACCAUCAUCUUCAUCACGGGAACCACCCGCAUCAGCAUCUUUUGCAUGGGAUACCUGGUGGCCUGCUUCUACUUCCUUCUUUUUGGGGGUGACCUGCUGCUCAAGCCCAUUAAGAGCAUCCUGCACUUUUGGGACUUCCUCAUUGCCUACAAUGUGUUUGUCAUCACCAUGAAGAACAUACUCUCUAUAGUCGCCUGUGGCUACAUCAAUGCCCUGGUUCCAAAAAACUGUUGGCUGAUCCAGCUGUUCAGCCUCGCCUGCACUAUAAAGGGCUACACCCGUCCUGACCCCAACCGGCUUUGCGAUCUGCCCAGCAACGAGGCGGGCAUCAUCUGGGAUAGCAUCUGUUUCGCCUUCCUACUGCUGCAGAGGCGUGUCUUCAUGAGCUACUACUUCCUGCACGUGGUGGCCGAUAUUCGCUCUUCUCAAAUCUUAGCUUCCAGAGGGGCAGAGCUAUUCCAAGCCACAAUUGUGAAAGCUGUCAAGGCCAGGAUUGAAGAGGAGAAGAAGUCUAUGGACCAGCUCAAGAGACAAAUGGACCGCAUUAAAACCCGCCAACAGAAGUUUAAGAGGGGUAAGGAGAGGAUGCUGAGCUUGGCUCAGGAGUCGGGGGAAGGGCGCAAUCUGUUCAAGGAAGAGGACGACGAUGAUGGAGAAGGAGAGAAAGAAAAAGCCAAGAGCAAAAAAAAACUGUGGUGGCGGCCUUGGGUUGACCAUGCUUCCAUGGUAAGGAGUGGAGAUUAUUACUUAUUUGAAACGGACAGUGAGGAAGAAGAGGAAGAAGAAGACAAAAAAGAAGAAGAGCUCCCUAAAAAAUCUGCUUUCCAGAGAGCAAUUGGAAAAUUUGCUUCUGCUUUGUUGGCUUUGCCAAAGUCUGUCAUUAAACUGCCCAAAACUAUACUUCAGUAUAUAAUCAGGGCGGCAAAGUUCGUCUACCACGCCUGGAUCACAGACUCCAAAACCGCCAUGAAGGAGCGGAGCCGAGAGAGGCGCAGGUUCUGGAAAAGGCACCUGGAGUCCGACGCCCCGAGGAAAGACAGGAAGGAGGUUCAUGUUGCAAUAGAAGUGGGGGAUGUGGAGGAUGAGCGGGAGAUCAGAGAGGAAGAGGAACUCGAUGGACCCGACAACAUCAUCAAGCGUGUCUUUAACAUCGUAAAGUUCACCUGGGUCCUGUUCCUGGCCAUGCUGGACAGCUUCACUGCCUGGCUGAACUCCAUAUGCCGAGAACACAUCGACAUCUCCACCGUCCUGCGCAUUGAGCGUUGCAUGCUCACGCGUGAGAUCAAAAAGGGGAAUGUUCCAUCGCGGGAGAGCAUCCACGUUUAUUAUCAGAAGCAGAUGCGUAUGAAUCUGUCCAGGGAGUCCGGGCUGGACGGCAUCGACGAAUUCUCUGUGUCCGGAUCUCAGAGGGUCGUGCACAAAAAGGACAGGCUUAAGAUGGAAAGCCAGGAGUCUCGUGAUAGCUUGUCCAGCGCCUACACCGAGGCCACCAUGCUGUACUCCCACCAGUCCACGCUGGAUGACCUGGACGGAAUGUCCGAGAGCAUUCCCAAAACCAGCGAGCGCGCCAGGCCCAAGCUGCGCAAAAUGUACAACCUGGACGCGUCCAAUUCGUCUGCGGACAGCGGCGGCAGCAUUGUGUCCAGUGAGCCCACGCAGUGCACCAUGCUGUGCUCUCGGCAGGGCACCGAGGACGCUAUAGAGGAAGUGGAGGAUGAGCAGGACCAGGACUCCCCCAGGGGGCAGGGGGAGGUGGGGCCAGAGGCGGAGCAGCCGGAGGGUCCAUGUUUAGAGGCGGAGGGGGAGACUUCAGCGCGCGCCACCGACGGGCGACCCGGGGGCGAGGACGGAGACGGGGACGGAGAUGGGGACGGGGACGGGGACAGGGACAGGGACAGGCGGGACGGAGAUGGGGACGGGGACGGGGACGGGGACGGGGGCUGCAUUUUGGAGACGGAGGAGGCGGGGCAGGACUAUUUGUUCCCCGCGGAGUGUGAGGUCCAGCUGUACUCGUCGGACACGGACGCCCCCACCACUUUCCCCACGGACGCAGACGUGCCCCCCUCCUACAGCAAAGCCGUCAGCUUCGACAGAGGCUCUGUUGGCUCAGACAAAGACGACAAGCACCUGACGGACACCGAUGCCUGCAGGUCGGACUACCUGGACGACUCCCUGCUGCCCUCCUUUACCCACGAGCUGACUGCCAGCGAGCUGCUGCUCAACAAGAUGUUCUACGAUGAGGAGCUGGAGGCCUCUGAGGGGUUUUACCAGAACCAGCCCCAGCUGCUGCAGCUCUCCUAUGCUCUCUACAACAUGCUGGUGGCGCACUCCGAGAUGGUGUGCUACCUGGUCAUCAUCCUGAACCACAUGAUCUCCGCCUCGGUGGUCACCCUGGUCCUGCCCAUCCUCAUCUUCCUGUGGGCCAUGCUGUCAGUUCCCCGGCCUAGCAAGCGCUUCUGGAUGACGGCCAUAGUCUACACGGAGGUCACCAUUGUGAUAAAAUACUUCUUCCAGUUCGGCUUCUUCCCCUUCAACCAAAAUAUAGAGUUUGACAAGUCAAAGCCUUUCCACCCUCCUAAUAUCAUUGGAGUUGAGAAGAAGGAAGGCUAUGUGCACUAUGACCUGGUUCAGCUCCUAGCUCUCUUCUUCCACAGAUCCAUCUUAAAGUGCCACGGCCUGUGGAACCAGGACGACCGCAGAGCGGCGGAGAAGGUGCCCCUGCACGGCGGCGAGCCGGAGGAGGAGGAGGCGCAGGCUGCAGGAGAGGGGAGGGGGUCUGCGGACAGCUCCCUGAAGUCCGUCGACCUGGAAGCCUCGCUGGAGUCGGUGCACGUGCGCUUCCCCGAGCAGCGCAGGCUCGUGCGGAGGAAGAGCUCUGCCACGGGCUCCCACGCGUCCCAUCGCUCCUUCCACUCCAAGAGAGGCAGUACAAGCACACGGAACAGCCACAGGAGGGCGAGCAGUGUGUUCAGUGUCCACCAGAAGAGCCGUAAGGAGCUGCUCCUGGAAAAACUGAGGGAGCAGCUGAUCAAAGCCAAAGCCUUCACUGUGAAAAAAACCCUUGAGAUAUACCUCCCCAUCCGUCAGUUCUUCUACAACCUGAUUCACCCAGAAUACAGUGCUGUGACAGACGUCUAUGUACUCAUGUUCCUGGCGGACACCGUAGACUUCAUUAUUAUUGUGUUUGGCUUUUGGGCUUUUGGGAAACAUUCAGCAGCUGCUGACAUCACAUCCUCUCUGUCAGAGGACCAGGUGCCUGAGGCCUUCCUGGUCAUGGUCCUCAUCCAGUUUGGCACUAUGGUGGUGGACCGGGCCUUGUACCUAAGGAAAACAGUCAUGGGCAAGGUCAUCUUCCAGGUCAUCCUGGUGUUUGGAAUACAUUUCUGGAUGUUUUUCAUCCUACCAGGGGUCACAGAGAGACGCUUUAGUCAGAACACUGUGGCGCAGCUCUGGUACUUUGUGAAGUGCAUAUACUUUGGACUGUCAGCCUAUCAGAUCCGCUGUGGUUACCCCACCCGAGUGCUGGGUAACUUUCUCACCAAGAGCUACAAUUAUGUCAACCUCUUCCUCUUCCAAGGGUUCCGCCUGGUGCCUUUCCUGACGGAGCUGCGAGCCGUGAUGGACUGGGUCUGGACCGACACCACCCUGAGCCUCUCCAGCUGGAUCUGUGUGGAGGACAUCUACGCGCACAUCUUCGUUCUCAAGUGCUGGAGGGAGUCGGAGAAGAGAUACCCCCAGCCUCGGGGGCAGAAGAAGAAGAAGGUGGUGAAGUAUGGGAUGGGGGGCAUGAUCGUGAUGCUGCUCAUCUGCAUCGUCUGGUUCCCCCUGCUCUUCAUGUCCCUGGUCAAGUCUGUCGCCGGGGUGGUCAACAAGCCUCUGGACGUCUCUGUCACCAUCACUCUGGAGGGGUUCCAGCCUAUCUUCACCAUGAGCGCCCAACAGAAUCAGCUUAAGGAAAUGAGGGAAUUAGAGUUCACUGAUUUUGUGAAUUCACAUAAAAUAACUCCGGGUGCAUUGCAGUUUCUGGAGGCCUACUCAUCUGAAGAUGUGACUGUAGCAGAACUGGAGGGCAGUUCAAAUUCCCUAUGGACAAUCAGUCCACCCAGCAGGAAGAACCUGAUGAAGGUGUUGAAAGAUGAGAUCACUUUUCCUGUCACUGUUACCUGGUCCAUUCAGAGGAACCUGAGUUUAGGAGCUAAAGCUGAGUUUGCAACAGACAAGCACAUAGCCUAUCUAGACACAAAAACAAGAGUGGAGCUUAUAAAACUGUUAAAUGGGACCAGGCGUGAUGCUGUGGUAAUAGAACACGCCUUCCCCUGCUUCAUUCGAGCUCCCAGUGACUCCAAUGCCAAACCCAUUGAACAGCUUUAUAAAGAUGAAAAGUAUAAGAAAAUCACACUGGCCCUGGAGAGAACCCACAACAUGACAGGGGAGAUGCAGGAGUGGUGGAUCGUGGACCAGCCCGUCAAGUGUAAGACGGAGAAGAAGCAGAAGGCUGGCCUGGAGCUGUUUGUGUUCAGUGAUAAAGUCAGCCCACCCAGCCUGGGCUUUCUGGCAGGAUAUGGGAUCAUGGGUCUGUACGCCUCUGUGGUGCUGGUGAUCGGGAAGUUCGUGCGUGAGUUCUUCAGCGGGAUUUCCCACUCCAUAAUGUUCGAGGAGCUGCCCUGUGUGGACCGCAUCCUCAAGCUCUGCACCGACAUCUUCCUGGUGCGGGAGACCGGGGAGCUGGAGCUGGAGGAGGACCUGUACGCCAAGCUCAUCUUCCUCUACCGCUCCCCAGAGACUAUGAUCAAGUGGACCAGGGAGAAGACACAGUGAGGGGCGAUGCCUCCAGACCAAGGACGCUGGAAAAACCAACCAAUGGAAACAAAAGCACAAUCCGCUGGGUCCAUGGCCGGGUCUCUUUGCAUGAUGGCCUGGCGGCAGCAAAACGGAUCCCGUUGAACCUCCACUGCCCUCUACAGCACAGACAUGACAUGACAUUUUCUCAACCUUCCUCAAAAAUCUGCAUUCAUUUUUUUCGGGUCUGUAUAGGCUGAUUAAUAUGAGCAUUUUUUGCGGUGUGUCUCCAGGCAGAAUGGCGCUGCUGCUCUCCAGUUGCUCAGAUCUCUGGCCUUUUUUUCAGUUUGGAAUACAUGAACCACGGGUUGUGCAAUACGCUGCCCCAGGAGGCUGGCUGUAAACUUGAACUGACACCGAUUUUUUUUUUUUUUUUUUUUUUCACGAGAUCGUGGAAAGAUGCCCUAAUGGUGGAUUGGUAAAGGGCAGCGACUGACUGAAAGACACUCGCCACUUUUUUUCUUUUUUUUUUAAAGAAAGAAAGACGUUUUCUUGAAUCCGGAAAUGCUUCAGUUCUGCGGCAGAGAAAGAGAGGAGGCCUUUAAGGCACGGAAGACGAACGACAUGACUAUCUUUACAUGCCUUAUUUCGUUUGUACAGUCAACUUAUCAGUGGGUUAAAAAAAAGCAUAUUCUUCUCAGGAAAAGACACUUAUCAUCUCACCAAGAAGGGGUUUUUCUGCCUUCAUUGUAUAUCUCUGGGGAAUAUGCCAUAAGCAUUUCAUAAGAGUAUGCAAUUAUCUUAUGUGCAUUGUCAGGAGCAGACCUCCCAUUCUAUCUGAGCCCAAGGGAAGCCCUCUCACAGUCAGAGCAAGGGGCUAAUGCAGGUACAGAACCAUCUCUAGAGUGACUACAGUACACCUAGGGGAAGGUCCUGUGGCUUAUGAAUUAUGUUUUUCAUCUUGGAAUGCUCUUUUUUACUUUUCAUCUAAAGUAAGAAAAAAAACAGAAGAAAAAAAGAAAUAAAAAUCUAACAAAACAAAAAACACUACAUUCACAGUGCUGAAUUGUGAAUGAAAAAAAAAAGAUAAACAGCUUAUCGAGGUCACACCUUAAGCAAAAUGUGAGCAAAGGCAGUCCGAACUAUGCAUUAGAAAACUUAGCAUGAAAAAAAAUUAAAUUAUUGCGAUCAUUUUCAUUGUGUACACAUUUUUGGGAAAAAAGAAGCAUAAAUCUGACUGUGUACAGCAGCUGUAUAAUUACAGGACAUGUGGUGGAGAUUUGGCUCAGCGAGCAGAAAAUAAAGCACAUGUUGGAAAGCCAA